AUGUUAUUCACUUUACUUUGUAUUGAUGAAAAUAAAAAUUCAUCAUAUUUGUUGAACUCAUUAAGAAGUUUACAACAAUGUGUGUACAAUAAUAACAUAUCAUCGUUGUGUUUAAUCAUUCAGAUUCGUUCAGACAGUGGAAGUUCUCAGAGAUGGCUUGCUCGUCAACGUUCUGAUCCAUAUGUUAAACGUGCACGAAUUGAGAGUUACAGAUGUCGUAGUGCAUUCAAAUUAUUACAGUUAAAUGAUAAAAUUCAUGGGGGAUUAUUUAAACCUGGUGAUAUCGUUGUCGAUUGUGGUGCUGCACCAGGAUCUUGGUGCCAAGUUGCUUCAUCUUUUGUCAAUCCUAGUCUAGUAGGUAAUCAUAGUGGUGGAGGAGGCGGCAGUGAAGAAGACAAACAAAAUUCUGGUUUAGUAAUUGCCUUCGAUUUAUUACCAUUUGCUGAUCUACCUGGAGUUAUCUCCUAUCCUGGCACCGAUUUAAACAAUUGGUCUGAAUGUGUCAAUUUAAUCAAUCAAUCAGUUUUAAAUCAUUUAACUAACAAUAGACUACACCGUCAUAGUGGUCGAAAAGAUCCACUUCCAGCUGUUGAUAUUAUUCUCAGCGAUAUAGCACCAAAUGUAUCAGGAAUGCGAGAUAUCGAUAUACCAGCAAUGAUGAAAUUAGCUCUCAAUGUAUUACGUGUUGCAAUCAGUGUUUCAAGACAAGGUGGUAGUCUUGUCAUCAAAUUAUUCGAAAGUCCAGAGGCGAGAGAAUUUAAAGAAACCGUUUCACAAUUCUAUUCACUGAAUUCUACAUCAUCAUUUACACGUUUUAUUAAACCACAAUCAAGUCGUAAAGAAUCCUCAGAAGUAUAUUUAGUCGCCAGGGGUUUUCAAUUACCACAAAGUAGUACUAUACAGAAAAGCUAG